UGCAAGCUCUCAAAUUUAAGUCUCAUCGUGUUAAGGAUGAGCCUCACCUGCUCAAAAUGAUCCUAAAUUACGCAUCUUCACCCAAUCUCCAACUAUCACACAUGUCUUUGGCUUGUCAUAUGGAACAACUUUCCCAUUGCAACUUUUCAUCUCACACUUUAACCUCUCUUAACCUUAUUUCAUACCCUUACCCUACUCGGGGACCAUUAUUAUUUCCAAAUUCUCUGCUACUUCCUGCAUUAACCUACUUGGCUAUAAACCGCUUUUCCUUUCGCAGUGGUGAUGAUGGCUAUGCCAACCCCUUUUUUGCAUUUAAAAGUUUGAAUACUUUGGUCAUUCUAUAUUGUGAAGUUUUUGAUAAAAAGAACCUCUCCAUAUCAAGUGUCUCUCUUAUUAAUUUAUCAAUACUACCGUCUAUAGAAUGCCCUUACAAAUUUGAAUUAUCUACCCCAAAUCUUCGCCGCUUUUACUUUAUGGGUCCGCCUCUUCAGAAACUAUGUGGGCGCAAUAGCAAUUGUAAUCUCUCCUCUGUUAAACAUGUCAAAAUUGAUUUUCCUUUCUGGGCAUGUGUAAAAUCUCCUUCAAUUCUAUUCAGUUGGCUGCAUGACCUUGCUCUUAUGGAAUCAUUCACAAUCUGUUUUAAGACUCUACAGAUUCUCGACUUAAUUCCUGAUUCAUCCAAGAUUGAUUUCCCUUAUUUACAUAACUUGAAGUUGCUGAAAAUUGAAACACAUGACCUUUCAUUGCUACAAGAUGGAAUGGGAGACUUUUUGCUUCAAAAUGCACCGUCAGCCAAGAAAGUCAUCAUACAUUUACCUUUGCCAAAAAGUUUUGCAGAUAUUCGGAGGAAGAUGAGAGAGUUGUAUUUCUCUGUACCAGACAAUUCAAACUACAUGUAGCCCUGACCCUCAUUGCAACCGUCUGCGCAGCUCUGAUGCAGUUGGAAGCAGCCCCUGACCUUCAUUGCAACCGUCUGCGCAGCUCUUGAACUCAUUUUUUCCAAGCCUCUUUUAACAACAUAGUCGGACACACCUUCGAUCGCAACUGUCAUUGCUAUACUUAAACUCUAUUACUUGUGACUACGUGUUUGCAGUCAAGCAUCACAUGCAAAAGUAUUGCUAUUUCAAUUAUAUAGAAAAGA